UGUUUUACGGGUCUUGGGAUGGUGUUUGAAAUGUGUUUUUUUGUCUUUGCGCAUCAUAUUUUCUUACCGCAAAAUUAUUCGGGGAAUGCGUAUAAUACACCGGGAGUAGCAACGGGAGUAGCAGCAUAUCCUUCUCCACACGCAGGACAUUCCGGAUACACACAAAGGAGUCUUAGUGGGGUGUCGAAUACGGGCGGGCAUACGUUUAAUACGGUAUCUUCACCGCCAGUGGUGCCAUCACAGCCUUGGCAAUCGAUGAACCAGCAUUACUUUUAUCAAAGUGGAUACGAUCAAGGGGGUUUUUAUCAACCUAUGUACGGGAUUUCGUCUCAUUCGUUUAUGAUGCCGAUGGGGUCGUAUACUGGUAUGCUGUACCCUUAUCCGGGACAGCCGUUUCAACAGACAGCAUCUUAUUCUUCCCAAUCAGCACAGAUGGCAAAAAGUGUAUCUUCAGCGACGGAUUAUCCAACUGCUUCGGGGUUGGGGACGUCAACGCUUGUAGACACGAAUGCAUGGUCUUCUCAAGCGCCUACAGAUGAAACGCCUGCUUCGAAUGUUGUACGACCGCAGAAACGGGUUAACGCGGCUGUUAAAAUAGUGAAUCCCAAAACGAAUAUGGAGAUUUCGAUUUCUCCAACACAAUCUGCACUUGAUACGAAAGAUGUUGUAGCAUCUUUGGCAUUGGAUGAGCCUUCUAAAAAUACACAUGUUUUAUCUGCGUCUCAGGAGCAAAAACAAGAUUCGGCAACUUUGAUCGUAUCUGAAAAAAUGAUUCAAGAAGAUGAUAAACAGUCUCAAAAUGAAGAGAAAUGUGUCAAGGAGAAAAAAUAUAGCACUGAGAAUGCUGAAGGUGCUGAGACUGCUAAGGAUGUUAAGGGUACUGAGGGUACUGAGGGUACUGAAAGUGCUAAGAGUACUGAGAAUACUAAGAGUUCUGAGAGUAUGGAGGAUUCUAAUAAUAUUCAAGAAGAGAAUCUUUUUGUUUCGGGAGUAGAAGAAACAUUACAAGUGGUACAGCCUGAUUUUAAUUGCGAAUCGAACGCAGUAGCUAAGGAAAAAGAUAAAAAUGUUUUUGAAGAAAAAACGGUUGAACUAGGGAGCAGAGAAAACGAUGAUAUACUUGAAAAAAUUGAGAAAGAAGAUGGUGCUGUGAAUACUGACCAGGAGAAAAGUGAUACGAUUGAAAUAAUUGAAAAGAAAGAUGAAUUUGUUGAAAUGCUUGAUAAAAAUAGUGAUAGUAUUAUAACGACCGAGGGGAAAGAAGAGAGCGUAUCUGAAUACUGUUCUGUGUAUGAAGAAACACAAUUACCCGAGGAAAAUGAUAUCUUGGGGAAAGACGUUAUGGAAAAAGAUAUGUCUCAAGAAGAUAUUUUAGAAAAUAUUUCGGAAAAUAUUGGAAAAAAUGAUACCACAAAAGGUAUUGUAGAAAAUAAUGAUAUAGAAGAUAUUACGGAAAAAAGUAUUACGAAUGAUAUUUUAGAAGAAAAUGUGACACAAAAUAUUGUAGAAAAUAUUACGGAUGAUUUGGAAAAAAAUACUACUGAAAAUAUUACUGAAAAACCUGCUUUUUAUGAUCUCAAAUUAAAUUUUGCAAAAGAUAAAGAGUUAAAAUCUACACAUGAUAAAGUAGAUAAUACUUUAAACAGUCAAGAUUUCGAUCAAUCUCAUGGCGAUAAUGCUAUUAAAUCUCAAAAUAAGUCGUCUCAGGAUCAAAAUUCUAUAAUGAAGAAAUCACCGCUAUUACCUACAGAAAAAACAAAACAAAAAACGUUACCCGCGCCUCUUGAUCUUUCCAAGACAUCUAGAAAUGAUGCACGUGCGAUUUCCGUUUCUACUAAUUCUCUUAAGAAUGCCGAGUUUAUUACAGAUCUUACGACUAUUGUAUAUCCUGAAAAAUUUAAACCUCCGGAUAAAUCUUUGAAUGUAAAUUCAUUACCUGGGAAAUUUAGAUAUAAUGAGGAUUUUUUAUUACAGUUUCAAAAAGUUUUUAAAGAUAAACCUGAUCAUAAUUGGGACGAGCGUAUAAGAGAUGCGAUUGGUGAUGGGACGGAUGAUAAAAAGGCUUCUAAGAAUAGCCUUGGUGGAUUAAGUUCAAGAUCAAUAUCUCGAAGCAUUGGUGUUUCGAUGACAUCUAUUCCUAUAGGUACUUUUGGGUUAAGUAAAGCGUCUUUAAGCAAAUCAUCAUCGAAUCAGCAUUGUCAGUAUGUUAGUUCUCAGAUGCAACAGAAUCCUGAUGCUUUGUUAUCGAAUAUGGAUGAUUUAACGGGGCCUAAUAUGAAAUCCAUGUCUAACAAGUCCAUAUCAUCAUCUGGAGUUGCUUUGAGUGAUUCCGGGAGUCCUGUUGUUUCUAGGUUUUCUUUUACUGGGUCUAAUAAUUCGGUUUCGUCUUCAUUCCCUAUGAGUGGGUCAGGAAGCCCUGUCACGCCCAAGGCGUCAUCUAGAAAAGGAGGAAGUCGUCGUGGAACUGGGCUUUCACAAUCAGAAUCUAAAGGUGAUAAAUAUGAUCAAAAGACUGGAGCAAAUACAUUUACCGAUCAUGUGGUUCCUUUAACAAUGUCUGCGAAUCGAUGGCAGCCGAAAUUGAAAUCUCAAACGGUUCAGCCAGGAGAGCAUAUGGAUCCCGAAAUGGUUCAACGGAAAGUUAAAGCGGCUCUUAAUAAGCUUACUCUUGAUAAUUUUGAUCGAAUCACGGAUCAGAUUUUGGAGAUUGCUUCUCAAUCAAAAAAUGAAACAGACGGACGAACGUUACGACAAAUUAUUCAACUUACUUUUGAAAAGGCUACUGAUGAAGCAAAUUUUUCAAGUAUGUACGCUAGAUUUUGUAGGAAGAUGAUGGAAACAACGAGUCCGGAGAUUCGGGAUGAGAAACUGCAAUUAGAUAAGAAUGGUAGACCAAUUACCGGAGGUAUUCUUUUUAGAAAAUAUCUUCUCAACAGAUGUCAAGAAAAUUUUGAACGUGGAUGGAAGGCUAAUCUUCCUUCUAAGCCAAAUGGUGACCCCAGUAAUUCCCAGGAAGCUGAAAUGCUUUCUGAUGAGUAUUAUGUUCUUGUUGCAGCAAAGCGUAGAGGAUUAGGUCUUAUUAAAUUCAUUGGUGAACUUUUUAAAUUGAAUAUGUUAACUGAAAGAAUUAUGCAUGAAUGUAUAAAAAAACUUCUUGCUAAUGUUGUCGAUCCUGAUGAAGAGGAAAUCGAGAGUUUAUGUAAACUUUUGGCUACUAUUGGUAAAGAUUUGGAAAGUACUGAAAAAGGUCAUUUGCAUAUGAAUGUAUAUAUUGAACGUAUGGAUAAGAUUGUUAAAACGUCGAAUCUUUCUAAUCGAAUUAAAUUUAUGGUUAUGGAUAUUUUGGACUUAAGAAAAACAGGAUGGAAAUCUAAAAAUGCUGAUAAAGGCCCAAAAACGAUUGCAGAAAUUCAUGAAGAUAUAGCUAAAGAGAAAGCGGAAGCAGAAGCUACACGACUUGUAAAUCAAAAUCGUGGGUCAAGGUUAGAUUUUGGACGAGCAGAUAAAACUGGGCGUUCUAAUAUAUCGUUAUUCGGGAUCCCUGAUUGGCAAAAUUCGAAGAAUUUUGGUUCUACAGACAGUAAAGCGGGUGAUUUAUCGCGAUUAGGACAGAUUAGAACAUCCAGUCAAAAACAAUAUGGACCAGGUGGUCAGCUUUCAUCUUUAAGAAGUUUAAGUGAGAGUAAAAAAUUUGCAUUUGAACCACACGAACUUCAGAAAGAAUUAAGUUAUUCAUCGCAAGCAUCUGCAACUUCUAAUGCUACAACAUCAGAACAAAAAUCUCCUCAAAAUAUUGUACUUUUACCGAAAACCGAAUAUGUUCUGCAAAACAGUCAGUAUACCGGUUCCCAAGAAGCUGGUUUUAAUGUAAAAAAUUCUACACAUAACACGUCAUUGUCAGAUUUAUCAAAGCAUAACUUUGUCGAUUCUAAAGAAGAUAUUUUAGUUGAUUCAAAAGAAAACGUAACAAUGCAGACCACGUUUAUUACAGAUUCAAAAGAAGUGAUUCAAAACAUUGAUUCGGAUGAAGAAACUGCCUCUAAAGAGCAUUUUGUUGACUCCGAAAAAUAUGAAACUGCACUAGAGAAAUUUGCUGAUUCUGAAGAAUCACCCGUUGCAUGAUAUUCAAAAUAGUAUUUAUAUGUAAUCAUUGACGUCAUUGUACAUUGUU